GACAUCCGAGUAAUGAUGUUGGUGCCACACCACGCUUAUCCUCCUCCAUCAUGGACUCGACACCACAAGAAAUUCAGAUAAAUGUCAAGGGGCCGAGCGAGCUCAAGUUACAGAUCACAAUCAAUAAUGACAAGACCGUACUCGAGCUCAAACGUGCCAUCGCAGAAAAGUCUAAUGUAGAGGCUGAUCGGCAGAGGCUCAUAUACUCUGGGCGAGUAUUGAAGGAUGACGAUGUUCUCUCAACAUACAAAAUCCAAACAUCUCACACCAUUCACAUGGUCAAAGGCGUCGCUCGCUCAAACGUAUCUGCCUCCCAAUCAUCCUCUGUCCCAGUCUCCGCUCUCCCCACAAUGCAAGCCGGCCAGAACCCACAUGACCCAUUGACACAACUCAACUCUCACCUCGGCUAUGGUGCCCUCGCUGGUUUCAACCCCUUCGCAGAACUGGGUCUGAACCCGAACGAUCCUAACAUGAUGCAAACAAUGAUGCAGAGCCCUCAAUUCCUCCAGCAGAUGAGUAGCGUCAUGAGCAACCCCCAAGUCCUCGACCAAAUCAUCGCCAGCAAUCCUCAGCUCGCUGCUAUUGCACCUCAGGUCCGCGAAGUAUUCCAGAGUGAGAGAUUCAGGGAGAUGAUAUCAAAUCCCGAAUCCCUCCGCUCGAUGUUACAGAUGGCCUCAGCGUUCCAGGGUGCAGGCGGAGGUGCAGGCGCAGGCGCUAGUCCAUUCGGUGGAGGAUUCGGCUUCCCCGGCGCGGGAGGCAGCUCCGCAUUCCCAGCACCAGGCGCACCAUCUACAGCACCCGCAUCAUCUGUCAGCCCCUCCCCUAUCUCCCCUGCAGGCGGUCAACCAGCCUCAAAUCCUUUCGCAGCCCUUUUCCCUCCCGUCCCACCAGCAGGCGCGGGGACAGGUGUAGGUGGAGUUGCUAACCCAUUCGGCAUGUUCGACCCUGCAGCCCUCGCACAGAUGCAAACCGCUUUUGGUGGCGGUGGCGGUGGUGGGAUGGGCGGAUUUGGAGGCUUCGGCGCGCCUCCUGCUGCACCCGUUCAGCAGUCACCUGAAGAACGUUUCCAGGUGCAGUUGCAGCAACUACAAGAUAUGGGUUUCACAAAUGCGGCACAGAAUAUUCGGGCGCUGCUCGCAACCGGUGGUAAUGUGCAUUCGGCGAUCGAAUACAUAUUAACUGGAGGAGGACUGUAAGAGAACGAGCCUUGGAUGUGGUGGAUGGACAAGCGACAUUGAUCUUUCUCCUUUCCAUGUAAUGUUCUAGACAUUGACAACUGUAUUGUGUACGCCGUAAUAAAUUCAGCGAUCU